AAAGUAAAGACUGACUCAAAACCGACUGACUAGCCUACUAGGUGUAGAAUGGUUUAUUUAUUCUUUAUUCAAAAACAUAGUUAUGUGAUGAUUAGAAUUUCAAAACAAUUAUGAGCUAAGGAAGUCUAUACGACUCAGUUGGCGAGGAAUGGCUGAGAUUUUCCAUGGUUUUGAGUUGCUGCUGCUGAAAAAAUUUGAUAAACAUCCAGAGCAAUGGCGAGACCUAAAACAAAAACUGGCCAACAAAGAAAGCGACGACCAGUCUUACACUUAUGUGGAUCUGCUAAUGAUGGGGAACAUACCCCAGAGUAUGUGGUUCCUGUCAGUAGCUCUUCACAACAGGCCAAAGUAUCUCCUCCAGCUCAUACUGCAGGAUCUAGAAAGAGAGAAGUUAGGCAAUGUUAGAAGACCAGGAGAAACUCUUCUGAAGACAUAUCUGAAUACUUACAACUUUACCGAGUUUCAUUUGGAUAGCAUCUUCAAGUAUGGCGAAGACAACACUUUGCCAAAAGAGAUUUUUAAGUGCCCUAAUGUAAAACUCCUUUCCCUGAAGUAUAAUUGCCUGGAUAAACUUCCAGUAGACAUUGGGCGAAUGAAGAAUCUACGAUUUCUGGCCCUAACCAACAACAAACUUCAAGUGCAAUCAAUUCCAUACUCUCUGACUUUUUGUCGGAAAUUAAAAACUCUAAUGCUGGACAAUAACCUUCUGGAUGCCCUCCCAGGCUUCCUGUUGAAAAUGCCUGCCAUACGAACUGUUCACCGGCAUGGUAACCACAAUUACUUCAAAUCCACGUUCAUGUGGUACCACACAGAUGUGGGCUACCGCAUUAUCCCCUCUGAAGGUGCUCACAGUGAAUCCGAGAGAAAUCCAAGGUCCCUCCAGUUCUGGGCCGCUAAAACUGUGAUCGGAAUGAAGAUUGACUUUUUCGAAGAUCCUAGCAUUUCUGUGAUAUUACAAGAAUACUUGUCAGAAAUUUAUCACCAGUUUAAGGUGUGCCAUUAUUGCAACAGUGCCUCCUUUCGUUAUCAACCAGGAUACAAGGUGAUCACUUUUAAAAACCCGUACCUAGGAAACACCUGUGUUCCUUUUCAACACUGGGCCUGUACAAUCAGCUGUGCCGUAGCAUUAGAGGUACCAGCUCGUCAAGAGCAGAUUGCCGCGGCAACCCGCCUAGAUAACUUGUACGAGGAAUACAUCGAUGAGUGCCAGACCAUGUUUCAUGAUGUGCAUGCUAGACAGAGGGGUCUGUGCGGCUGUAUCUGUACGUCCCCACCCCCCACCAUCCGCUCCCCACCCUCCACGACCAAUCAUUCAAACAGGACUUGUGCAGUGUCAUAAACAAGAGGAUGUACUGUGGAAUCGUUAGAAUUUGUGACGGCUCAGUUGUUUGUUUAUUUCGUACGAAUCAUGUAGCCAGUACAAUGUAAUAUGUGUCUUAAACAAAUAAGGAAACACAUUUUUAAAAAAAUUAAUUUCUAAAUUUAAAGUUUAUUUAUCGGAUAUAUCCUCUUGAACUUUUCAAAAAAUUGAAAUGAUUCCACAGUAUUAUAUUCCCAGGUCUGACAUAAUAUAUUUUUACUGUGCAUUAGUGCUUUUAAAUGCACAAUUUUUAUAAAUGUGAUAGAAUUUAUAUUAAACAUGCUUACUAAAAUUUAAUGAAAAAUAUAUUGACUGUGUAUGUACCCGACAUCGGUUAACUAUUUAUGAUAUACAUGGUUUUUAUUUUGCUAAAUGUUGGUCAGUGUUCCCUGCCUUUUUGCCUCAUAAGUAACCAACAUUUAAUCCAUGCAAGCAUUGAUGACCAAUAAUGUCCCAAUAGCAUUUAUGCUGUACAAAAAAUGCCAGUCUGUUUUGUAGCAUAAAUAUUGUUAAAUUUUGUAUGAAUAUUCAUCAGUCUAACUGAUAAAUCAUAAAUCUAUAUACAUAUUAUUUAUAAUUUGCAGCUGCCAGUUUUGAAUAUGUGUCAAUCAGCCAUACAAUUGUGCCUUAUAUUUCAAUCAGAACUCCCCCUCCCCCCAAGGCUGAUCAAUUAUUUUGAGUCAAAGAUUAAAGUUAUAACAAUAUACAAUUUAUGAACCUCAUGCCAGAAUAGUGAAAAUGAGCAUAGAGUUCUCUUAAUUAUAGUUUUGUACAUCUGUUGUGUAUUAUAGGAGGAAGAUCAAAAGUUUUGUAUUUCUUAAAUGAGAUUGUUCAGUAGGUAAUAUUCUUUACCCCUUUUUUGUAAGUCCUCAAAACAUGUAUUUUCAUAACUUUUUUCAUGGCCAUUUACAUAUGUAUUACAAUUUAAAAAAAAAUACAUGUACAUUUAGUUAAGAACGAGAAUGCUGUGUACUUGAUUUGAUUUCUGGUAGUCAUGAAUUUAACUUUCAUUGUUUACACUGAGAAAUUACGUGAAAUAUAUAUAACAACCAUGAUUUUGCCAAGUCCUGUCCAACAAUAUUCAUCCCCAUUUGAAAGCUACCUAUCAAAUCCAUUUACAAUUGUACAUGCUUAAGAUGGUCCAUGGCAAGUUUUCAUAAAGUGUAUGUAUUUUUUCAUAGCCUUUUUAUAUUGUACACGUAUUAGAUUAGAAGACAACGAGAAUAUGAACCAGAAUGUUACUCAAACUCCAGAGCUCUGCUCAAACCCUAUGCUAUCCACAACUGAAUUACAUUUACACAUAGUUUUGUUCUGGAAUAUCAGGGUGCAAUCUGUUUUAGAAAAAUAUUCUGUUAUAGUUUGUAAUUCCUUUUUGUAAUUCUUUUGUGAUGAUAGGAUUUUCUCUUUCAUUCUUUUUUAUUUUUUGGCAUUCAAAACUCAAAUUCAAAGCAUUGCAGAUUUUUAGUCAACAUCUCUACCUUUUCUUUGUAUACUGAAUACUUUUUUGUAUAAUGAACCUGUUUUGAUUGAGUUUUUCAAUUUGUAGAGUAAUAUUUAAACUUCUGUUAUAGCUGUAUAUUCAUUCACAAACAAUUUACCCUGAUGUGAAAGUAUGGGGAGUUGGUUGUUGUUGUUGUUAAAAGUAAACCAAGCUUUGACACUUUUGGAAAUUGUAGUUAUAAUUUGUAAUGCUUCUUUCAAAGAACUAUAUAUGAUAUGGGCCUAAAAUGGCCCCAUAAAAUGAACAUCAUCAUUUUACUGUAAUUCUUUGUUUUCUUUGUACAGAUAAAUGUGAUGAUUUUACAUAAUGUUCAUUUUGAUUCAACUGCCCACAAUUUAGAAAUAUGACAUCAUAAAGACAACCUUUUCCCGCCAUGUUUGCAUUUUUAGCAUUAAGCCGCUUGUGUUCAAGCAGUUUUUCUUUCAGGAAAGACAGAGUGCAUGCUUGAACAAAAUAUUUAUGCCCCCCUUCGAAGAAGGGAGGGCAUAUUGCUUUGCUGCUGUCUGUCGGUCGGUCGGUCCACCAACAGUUUCCGUUCAUUUUCUUCGCAGGAGAUGAACAUAUUGAAAUGAAAUUUGGUAUAUAGAUUUAUCAUGAUAAUAUCUAGGUCAGGUUCGGUAUUGGGUACGAUCAAGCAAUUUUCGACAGAGUUAUGGCCCUUGGACUUAGAAAAAUUCUAGUUUUUUGCAGUUUCCACUCAUUUUCUUAGCAGAGGAUGAACAUAUUGAAAUGAAAUUUGGUAUACAGGUUUAUCAUGAUAAUAUCUAGGUCAAGUUCGAUAUUGGGUAUGAUCGAGCAAUUUUCGGCAGAGUUAUGGCCCUUGGACAUAGAAAAAUUCCAGUUAUUUGCAGUUUCUGCGCAUUUUCUUCGCAGAGGGUGCACAUAUAGAUAUGAAAUUUUAUAUACAGAUUUAUCUAAAUAAUAUCUAGGUCAAGUUCGAUAUUGGGUACGAUCGAGCAAUUUUCGACAGAGUUAUGGCCCUUGGACUUAGAAAAAUACCAGUUAUUUGCAGUUUACGUUCAUUUUCUUUGUGGAUGUUUCUAAGGGAGGGGGGCAUAAAUGUUUCACAAACAUCUCUUGUUUAAUCAGAGAUGUAUCUCGCCAAGGCUAAUAAGUGAUAAAAAAAAUUUUCCUUGUUCAAGCAUGCUCUCUUUAUUUUCCAUUCAUUAAAAGAUAGGAAAAAUGUCAAUUUUUGACUGAUUUUGAUUGAUUUAUAGAAAUAGCGUCACUUCUGACGUCAUAUACUGCCAGUGAGUGCAAAUAAAUCUAAUAAAUAGGUGAAAAAUAAUUUUUACAUCAACUCUUCUAAAAUAUAACAUAACAUUUUAUUGUACCAGAAACACUUAAAAGAUGGCGAAUUAUGGGGGCCAAAUUUAACGAUGAUUAAUGAUUCAUAUUUACAGAAAUACUUUAAUUGUUUUGAAAUACUUUUAAACAUUUUGAGCUUAUUUAAAAUGAUACUGUUGUGUACAUUAAAUUUAUUAUGAUUGUUUGUCAUAAGAAAUGUCUACCUGAACUGAUAUAAAAUGAAUAAAUAUAUUCUUUUCAAAUUUUCACAAACUUUUUGAAUAUAUAUAUUUUUUUUAAUUCUACAUGUGACAGUCUAAUAGUUUCUAUUUAUAACAUCAGACUCUAUUAAAAAUACUUUUUUUUAAUUCUGCAAUGAUUUAUUUUACCAGUACAUAUGUACCUAUGAAUUUGAUUAUGCACAUCCUUUAAACCAUUACAGUUGUUAAUAAAAUUUCAAGUUCUGUAAUCUAUUUUUUAAAAAUGAAAUACAUGUACAAGGUAUAAGAAUGACAGUUAGAGCUUUCUAUAUGAAAAUUUUGUAUUCUGUUGUCAUUACCAUGUCAUUCCAAUUCACUCUCAUUCUAUCAUUUAAUGCAUACUUAUAUACAUGUAUUUAAAUGUAUUUUGAUAAAUUACCAAAAUGACAAAGACCAUAUUAUUAAAUGGUCGUUCGUAGAAUUGAAAGCUAGUCUCUUUUUUUUUUUUUUUUGAAAAAACCUUGAUAUAUAUAUGCUUUGUUACUGAAUGGUUUUCCAAUAAAAUUCAUAAACAAUAGUGAAUUACAUGUAUGUUCAUUUUGUGGUUCAUGUACAACACUGGGUUUUAAGAAUAAAGAAAAGCCCAACUUAAUUUGCUCAGAAGGAACAUAGUAAAUCAGAAGUACAUAUACAUGUAAUCGCACACAAAUUAGCCUCUUUAUCUCCCUUAAUAUUUUAAACAAAAACAGGAAAAUGCUAAAUUUUAAAUAUUUUUAUUCAAAUAUUUUUUUCUUUCUUUUAUUAUUUGUGGUAAUACCUUCAUUUUCUUAUAGUGUCCCAAUUUCUGCAUACAUGACAAAAAUGCAGUUAAAGUUCACAUAUUGUAUAUACAUUUUCAUAAAAUUUAUGGUGAAUAUAUACAGUAACAUAAUUCAUCAUUUUAUAAAAAUAAAGCUUCCAGACACCAAGUCUUUCAUUGACCAGUGAUGCAUCUAAAAUCACAAUGCAGCAUGUGCCAACCUGAUUUUCAAAUUGACCAGCUCCAUAUAAGAAAAUGCAUGUUCAUCGCAUUAAACUAUUACAUGUAUCACACAAACACCCAAUGAAAAUUCAUGUAAAACUUAUUGAUGGUUUGACCCCUACAAAGUACAUAUUUAAUCAACAAAAUAAAUAAAUAA